CGAGAAUCCCAGUCCCACACGUGAAGAAAAAAGAAAAAGAUGGCGUUACUACUGCAAGGUCCUGAGGUUCAGUUCGCUCAGAAACUGGCUUCUAACCAGAAACCCAUUCGAACGAGGGCUAUUAAGAAGCUGAAAAAAUAUAUUGGUAUUCGUUCACAGAAGCAAAAAGGAGGGUUUACCAGUGAAGAAUUGCUCAAAAUCUGGAAGGGUCUGUUCUACUGCAUGUGGAUGCAAGACAAACCCCUGUUACAGGAAGAGCUGUCUGCUGUUCUGUCCAAUCUGAUUCAUGUCUUCCAGAGUAUGGACAGCAAAUUUUUGUUUGUAGAGACAUUUCUACAGACCAUGAACCGUGAGUGGACUGGCAUUGACAGACUUCGAAUGGACAAAUUUUACAUGCUUGUCCGAAUGGUUUUCCGACAAACAUUUGAAAUGCUGAAGAAGAGAUGCUGGGACCAGAGUCUCGUGCAGCGGUUCACCGAAUUGCUUACAGUUCGUGUUCUCCAGAGCAACAGUGGCUGCCCAUGUGGGGUCCAAUUCCACAUCCUGGAUAUUUACAUGACUGAGCUGGCGGCUGUUGGAGCACAGGAGCUCACAGCAGAACAGAACUUGAUUUUCAUUGAUCCAUUUUGCAAAGUGGCUGCAAAAACAAAGGACCACCUCCUGCUGCAGGCCAUCUGCAACAACAUCUUCAGUGAGGUUCUUAACCAGGCUCCCUUUGCCAUUGAGGACCUGAUGAAGGAGCUUCAACAGCUAGAGAAUAACUCAGAAGAUGAACUGGACUUGGAAGACAAAGAUCUUAUGAAAAACUCCAAAGAUUCUCAAGAGGACCAGAUAAAUGGUGAAAUGGCAGCUGAGGAAGAUGAGGGAUAUGAAGACCUCGUUGGUUUGGAAAAUGGCUAUGAACCAUCUGAAGGUGAUGGGGAUGGUAUAGGACCUGUGCUUCAGUUUGAUUACAAGGCCAUUGCUGGUCGUCUCUUUGACCUGACAAGCCGGAGAAACACCCCCCCCCUAAACAGGAAGAAGUUGUACAGGCUGGUUAAGAAGUUUCAAGACCUAAGUGAAGGUGUCUUUCCCCAGGACGGUUACACAGAAGAGGUAUCCACUGAUGAAGAUGAUGAUUUGUUUGGCAAUCGCAAGAGAUUGAAGAAGAAGAAGAGGAGGAAUGUGGAGGAAGACCCAGCAAGUGGAGAGAAGGGCCAAGGUACAAAAAAAAGGCCUCUGAAGGCUUCCGACCCCAAGUCAGUAGAGCCGACAGCUGUCCCAGCCAAGAAGAAGAAAAAGGAGAAAACGCGAAAGAAGACUCAGAGGUUGCCAGACUUGCAAGAGUGCCCUUCCACUGAGGACAAAGAACCUGAAACUACAGCAAUUAUUCACCCUGCAGAAAAGACACUCAAGCUUAAGAAAAAGCGGAAACUAGAGGAACCCAGUGUUGAGGCUGAGUCCUCCUGCAGCAUUGGGCAGGUGGAGGCUGGAGAAAUACUAAUGAAGAAGAAACAAAAGAAGGUCCCCUCUCAGGAGAGGGUUGUAGGUGAGGGUGAGGGCAAAGAACAGUGUGUGUUGAAGAAGCAGACUUCUCUGAAAAUUAAGAAAUGGAGGAAGAAGCAGCAGGUCAACACUGUGGCUUUACUACCUGAAAACCCACCAGCAAAUGAUGAAAGAUGCACAAAGACACAGGCCCAGGGGAAGGAAAUGGUUGUGGAAGCAGAGCCUGAGAAAACCAGUGAACGAAAACUGCAUAAGAGGAAGAAGCUGGAAGGGCAGGCUGAGGCCAGUGAGCUGAAUGGUUUCAGAGAAACCAAGGCCAGGAAGAAGAACAGAGUAAGUGGAGCCACUUUAAAACUGAAGAAAAUGAAAAAGCCUCUAAAAACAGGCAAGUUGGAAGAAGAGGUUGAAUUCCUGAAGUUCGGAAGACGUUCUGUGCCUUCUCCCUUAUUCUUCAAGAAGCGUAAAGGAGGCUCAUCAUUUCUGUCAAGCAAGGGUUUCAAGACACCACAAGACUCUAAGAAAGUCACCUUUGGACUAAAGAACAACAAGACUGCAGAAUUCAAAAAGACUGAUAAAAGCUUGUUGGUGAGUCCGGCAGGAACGUCCCGAGUGGUCUUUGACCCCCAACAGAAACCCCUGUUUGGGGUCCUGAAGACUCCUGAUGACAAGCCCGGACCUCGGAGAAAAUUGGCGAAGAACCCUCUGCAGGGAAAAAGCAGACCCAAGGCCUCAGACUUCUUUUAGCCUUUAGACUAUUUGUGCUCUGCUAAAAGAGAAUCUAUAAAAAUGUUUUCAUAUUUUUUUAAAGUGUUUUGUAAAAAAAUUCUCAAUGAUGGAUAUUUAAGUCUGUUUACCAUGCUUAAGGCCUAGUGGCGAAUAGUUCUGCUUUAGCUUUGAGUUUAUCAAGGUUGUUCUGCUGUCUUGAAGUGAAUGUACAAGCUGUGGGUUUCUGAAAAAAUAUAGUGUUGCCACACGUCACGUUCCUGAAUUUUUCUUUUCUUGUUAACAUCCUGGCAGCCUUUUAUUAUAGCAGGAAGUACCAUCUCAUGUUAUUCAAAAGACGAUUACCUUAUUGUUCUUUAAUGCUGUUUACCUGAACAUCCCUAGUGACUGCUGGAGAGUAUAAGGAUUUCGACAGCUGUCAUGAGAUGAGUAUGAAGCAUGGUGUAGCACCCCAUCAGUUGCACCUUGUGUGUCUCAGAUUUCAGGUUUCAGAACCUUGAAAUGAAUCAUUACAUUAAAUACGUUUUCAUUUA